GGGGCCAGGGAGGGCCUUGGGGAGGGGCCUGGCCAGGACGGCCCGACUUCCGUGACACAGCAAACACAGAAAGACAAAGUCCAUUUGCAUGGACGUGGGAGCGGAAAGAGAGGGGCCAUUUUGACUCUGUGGUCAAAGGAGAUGACUGAUCUGAUGGGGUUUGGGAGCCGAGGUGCCCAGGUACUGCUGCUCACUCUGGGACUAGCGGGUGCUGGCUGGUGGUCAGGAGGCCCGCUCUGUGUAGAGGGGAGAGACUAGCAGGGGCACUUUACGCCUGGUUUGAUAUCCUGGGGAUUCAUCGGGCCGCUGUGGAGAGACUUUACAAGUUUGCCCUGGAAGGAGGUGGUUGAAUUGCGGGGUGCCAGGGUCUAGGUCAAAAUGUAGUUUUUCAGAGCUGGAGGGAACUGAGGACUUCUUUCAAGGUUGACUUGUGGAAUGAUGUCCUGGUCUGGAGAGAUGGGAGGCUGGAGAGGGGCUAAAAUCUCCGCCAAGUGUCUGAGGGCAGCCACAGUCGGAGCUGGGGCCGGGUGGAGCGGGCUGUGUGGCAGGGGACUUUUAAAAUGUGUAGGAACUUUCGGGGACAUUGUAUUCACUCCGAUUCAUUCCACCUCGACCCCCGCACCCCGCUGACCAGGAGGUCAGAGGUCUGAGGGAAGGUCUGAAAUUUAAGCUUCUGCUUUUUAUUGUCCGUGUGCUGAGUUCUCAGUUACUCAACUGAAAGCAUUUCAAACAUUCUUCUCCCCUAAAUUUGGAGUCACUGUGGUUGUAAAACACAGAGAUGAGGUGCUAGACCUAAGGGUAUGGGAGAACCACAAUUUCAGGGAAACUCAGGAAGAUCUGGACUUGACUAAUAUUGGAAGGAGAAAUGGUUACUGUGUGGGGACCUGGAUAUAAUCUUAUGACUGCUUUUUUCCAUGUCUUAGGGUCUAAGGAUAACUCUGGACCCGUGACUGCCAUGAUUCUCACAGAUGAUCCCAGAUUUUGGCAUUCUGAGCAAUGGCAGGGGCCACUGGACUUGUUCUGAGACCCUUCUCCUAGAGGAUGGCCACAGGGCUCCUGAUGACCUAUGCCCUCUGGGCUGUAGGGGGCCUUGCUGGGCUCCAUCACCUGUACCUUGGGUGGAACAGCCACGCACAGCUCUGGAUGCCCCUGGGGGGCGGGGGAGGGGAAGGGGGCCUAGGCUGGCUCUGGGAAUUCUGGAAGUUCCCAAGCUUUGUUGCUCAGGCCAACAGACCCCAGCGGCAGAGGCAGAGUUCAGGAGGGGGGACACACCCUUUGAGUCCCAUUCACUUUGCUGCCCAGAUGAUAGUGGGCAUUUAUUUUGGCCUUGUGGCUCUCAUUAGCCUCUCCUUCAUGGGCAGCUUCUAUAUUGUGGGCCUCCCACUGGCAGUUGGCUUAGGGGUUUUGCUGAUGGCUGCUGUUGGUAACCAGACCUCAGACUUUAAGAACACUCUAGGAGCAGCGUUUUGUACUUCCCCUAUUUUCUAUGGCCACCCCAUAGCCAUCCUGCCCAUCAGCUUGGCUGCUGGCAUCACAGCCCAGAAGCAUCGCCUCUGCAAAGCUUCAGUUGGGUCAGAGAUGCUCAGUGUGAGGCUCUACUGCCUGGGCUUGGCUUACCUUGCUUUCACAUGCCCGCUAGCAUACAGUGCCAUAUGCAACACGGCUGCCACCCUUAGCUAUGUGGCAGAGACCCUUGGCUCCUUCUUCAGUUGGUUCAGCUUCUUCCCCCUCCGUGGGCACCUGAUGGAGUCUGUCCUCCUGCCUUACUGGGUCUGGAAGCUGCUGGUGGGAGAUCAUGGCUUCAGCAGUGGCUACUUCCCAGAGUGGUAAAAGCUCUAUGAGUUUGUUCACAGUUUUCAGGAUUAGAAGUGUCAGUUGGCUUACCAGGUUUUGGUUCUCUCAGAGGGGGCAACAAAUGAAGAAAUACAUUGCAGAUACCUGGAGCUCGAAGACCACAAUUGGCACCAGGUGGAGGAAGCUCAGAGGCAUUUUCUGGAGAUCCAGGCUGCGUAUGAAGUCCUGAGUCAGCCCAGGAAGCCAAGGGGAUCCUGCAGGUGAGAAGAAACUUCCCUUGGAGGAUGGACUCUUCCUGGCACAGCUGAGCAGCUUGUCCCAGCCCAGCUUUGCCCACAUGAGGCAUCCCAACAGUGUUUAAGAAGCUGUCACUUGCAGUGGAGAUGAGAAAACCUUAAAGGGGUGAGAAAGCUUUUGUGGUAGAAGAAUGUAUUUAUGUUUUGAAUUUCUGAAUUCUUGGCUAUCGUAUUCCUGAUUAUUUUUUCUUAAAAUGAGAUAAUGCAAUGAAAGACAUAUUAUAAAACCAAUAAAAUAUCUUUUAGAGUCUAUACCACAUUAUUUCACCCCUGGUACAUUGAUGGAUGAUGGAGGAAGUUUACUUAACAAUUUUUUUUUUAAAUGUGCAAAGCACUGAGUUAGGUGAUUGAAGAAAAAUACAAGGGUUCUAAUACUUCACAAGGUGUCCUGUGACAAGAGGGAUUUGAUCUAUUCUGUGGGCUACCAAGGGGUAAGACUGGGGUUAAGUUUCAAAAUUUCAGAAAAAUAUUUAAAUUCCAUUUGUAGGAGAACUUUCUAGGAGCUAUACUUUUCCCAAGAAGGAACAAGCUGCUGGGGGGUAGGGGGGUAGGGUGUAAUCCCCUAUCACAGACUCUUCUAGUUGGUAUAUUGUGGAAAGCCCUCAAACUUUACACAGGUGGUUAGACUGGCUGAAUUGUCAGGUCUUCCUGAAACUUGGGAUUUGAUUCUGAGCUACACACCUUGCUCCCUCGUUGUUUACAGUCCAUUGGGGGAUAAUAACACAGGUACACAGAUAUCAAAGUCUGCCCCAUUCAGUGUUCUGAACUGUGUCCUAAGAGGUGUAAAUAGAAUGCAUUAGAAAAUUGCAGAAGGAACAGAUGACACUGUUUUAUGGGGACUCAU